CGCUUCAACACUCUUCAUUUCGCGAUCAUGUCUGGCGACAACAAUAACAAUGGUGGAAGGUCUCUAGGUGGUGGAUCAGGUGAAUCAUUGCCACCUUCAUGGGGUCAAUCGAACCCAGCUCGAGUUGGUCGUAUCGGGGACUGGACUAACUCGGGUAACUCGUCUCGUUCGACUAACGAUCCAAGAAUGCGAACUCUCAGAGACAUAACAUCGGGUAAUGCCCCCCCCAGGCCACCACCGGUUAGUGGCAACGAUCAAGAUGAUUCCGAUGAUGAAAACCCUGAAGGGGGAGAGAAUUGGUUUGCUGGAGGCGAGAGAAGUGGGAUCUCCGUGCAAAACCCAGGACGUCAAGGAGAUUCUGGCGUUCCGGGAGGCAAUGUCGUACGGGAUCUUCUGAGAAGGGCAGCGGAGCGUGGUCCACCUCCCGAACAACGCCCACGGACUACCGCUUUUUCCGGUGGCGGACAUACUUUGGGUAGUGAUGAUGUACAAAGCUCUUUCGUUCCUGAUCCUAACUCUUUGGAGAAUGACGUCGAGCCCACAAUUCGUCACCUCAUAUUCUGGCGGGAUGGGUUCACUGUUGAAGACGGUGAGCUCAUGAGAUACGACGAUCCGAACAACGAAGCUGUUCUGGCAGAGAUCCAUUCAGGUCGCGCGCCGCCAUCGAUUUUGAACGUGCAACCUGGGGAGCCGGUAGAACUCAGAGUUCAAAAACGUACAAAUGAGGACUAUGCACCACCGCAAAAGGGUGCUUUCCAUGGUGCUGGGAAUCGCCUUGGGGCACCCGUCCCCUUUGGCAGUACAUCUGGUGGUAGCAGUAGUGUUUCGAUGCCAGGUUCCUUCCCUGCGGGUUCUUCCUCCGCAUCUUCUGGACCUAACACCACAAGAACGUCCAUAUCUACCGUUUUUGAAGUCGAUCAAACGAAGCCUACGACUAGUGUUCAAAUUCGACUAGCCGACGGAACACGCAUGGUUUGCCGAAUGAACCUUACACAUACUGUUCUUGAUCUCAGAAACUUUAUCAAUGCCUCGAGGCCAGAAAAUCUGACAAGACCCUAUUCAAUUGCCACCACAUUCCCAAGUCGUGUUUUAGAUGACAACAAUGCGACGAUAGAAAAUGCGGGGUUGAAAAACAGUGUGGUCAUUCAGAAGUGGGAUGACAUAUAAAACUACAUACAGGUAAAACAAUGGUUACAUUUAGUUCAAGGAACACUUCGGCUACACAUAAAUUCAAAUCUCUUAGGACGGCAGGGGAAGCGAAUAAAA